AUGGGGAAAUUCCUGCUCUCUUUGGCUGUGCUGGGCUUCAUCGCCCUGGCAGCGGCACACACGAAUCCCUGGGAACAGCAGCCUCCGGCUCCUAUUACGGUUAAGGUGCCAGUGGCAGUUCCUGUACCCGUUCCUGUACCUGUACCUGUUCCCACUCCCGUGAAGACUUCGGAACAGGGUGGUGGAGGUGGAAGCGGCGGAGGCGGCGGUGGUGGUGGUGGAGCCGGUGGCACUUGCCCCAAGCCAUCUGGUGAAACGCUGCGGUGCCUGCGGGAGUGGGCCUGUCAGUACGUCAUUCGGCUGGAUCUGCGCUGCCUCCUCAACUUGAAUGGAAACCCCUUGCUGGGCAAUCUCAUUUCCCUGCCAGGACUCACCGGCGGCGGCGGCGGUGGCACCGGAGGAGGCACCGGAGGUGGCAUUUUGGGCAGUUUACUGGGUUGAAGCAGCUGGAAAUGUGUGCACAUUUUACCCAAUAAAAUGGAA